ACGCUGAGAGUCCUGUUGUCAUUUGUCCAGCUGAUAUAUUGCAAAAUACAGACGAUGGAGCACCUUGGGCGAAUGUUACAUGGGGUGUUGUCAAUGCAACUGAUAAUUCAGGAUCUGUAUCCGAUAUAUAUGUGUCUCAUGCUCCAGGCAGCAAUUUCCCUAUCGGAAGUACAAAUGUUACGUAUUCCGCUGUAGAUGCAUACAACAACACAGGGUACUGUUCCUUUAGUGUAACCGUCGUUGACGCUGAGAGUCCUGUCGUGAUUUGUCCAGCUGAUAUAUUGCAGAACACAGACGACGGGGCUUCCUGGGCGAAUGUAACAUGGGGUGUUGUCAAUCCAGCUGAUAAUUCAGGAUCUGUAUCCGAUCUAUAUGUGUCUCAUGCUCCAGGCAGCAAUUUCCCUAUCGGAAGUACAAUUAUUACGUAUUCUACUGUAGAUGCAUACAACAACACGGGGUACUGUACCUUUAGUGUAACCGUCAUUGACGCUGAGAGUCCUGUUGUCAUUUGUCCAGCUGAUGUAUUACAUAACACAGACGAUGGAGCUUCCUGGGCUAAUGUAACAUGGGGUGUUGUCAAUGCAACUGAUAAUUCAGGAUCUGUAAUCGAUCUGUAUGUGUCUCAUGCUUCAGGCAGCAAUUUCCCUAUCGGAAGUACAAUUGUUACGUAUUCUGCUGUAGAUGCAUACAACAACACGGGGAACUGUUCCUUUAGUGUAACCGUCAUUGACGCUGAGAGUCCUCUCGUCAUUUGUCCAGCUGAUAUAUUCCAGAACACAGACGAUGGAGCUUCCUGGGCGAAUGUGUCAUGGGGUGCUGUCAAUGCAACUGAUAAUUCAGGAUCUGUAUCCGAUCUGUAUGUGUCUCAUGCUUCAGGCAGCAAUUUCGCUAUCGGAAGUACAAUUGUUACGUAUUCUGCUGUCGAUGCAUACAACAACACGGGGUACUGUUACUUUAUUGUAACCGUCAUUGAUACUGAAAAACCAAUCGUCAUUUGUCCAAAUAACAUAUCACAGAAUGUCGCCACGGGAUCAGCUGUUGCAAAUGUGACAUGGAAUCCUGCCACAGCAAGUGAUAAUUCAGGAUCAACCACUCAGUCAUCCGUUUCUAUAUUACCAGGAAGCAGUUUUGCAAUUGGAAAUAAUGAACCUCCAGUUGUAACUUGUCCUGCUCAUAUAACAAGGGAUGCAGAUAUUGGCGCACUUAGUGCAGAAGGUGUUACAUGGAAUCCUGCUUCUGCCACUGAUAAUUCCGGUACUGCUACUCAGAAAUCUGCCUCACACAUCUCGCCAAGCAACUUUCAUGUUGGACAAACGAUUGUUACAUACAUGUUUGAAGACCCAAGCUCCAACACUGCGUCUUGUUCCUUCACUGUCACCAUCAUAGGUCAUCCAGCUUGUUUCAAACAGUGUUUUAAAGGAUUCUGCGUACUAGAUGACUCGUACCAACCUAAAUGCAACUGCAACAGUGGUUACAGUUUGCACCAAAGCAUUGACUGGCUCUGUCAAGAUAUAAACGAAUGUUCUGAUGAAUCCACGAAUGGAUGCUCGUAUAAAGACGGAUGUCGGAAUUUACAAGGAUCAUACAUCUGUUUAUGUCCUAAUGGUUAUAUGCUCGCAUCUGAUGGAAGAACUUGUGUUGAUAUUAAUGAGUGUUACUAUGAAAACUGUAAUAACCACGGAAUAUGCACGAACACAGAAGGUAGUUUUUACUGUACUUGUAGUAAAGGCUAUGAAGGAGUUUCUUGUGAAGAAGAUAUUGAUUGGUGUCAACAAUCACCAUGUGUCCAUGGCAACUGCACUGAUGGUAUUGAAACUUACACUUGUCAUUGCCUCGACGGGUUUACAGGAAUAACAUGUGAUGAAGAUGUGCUUGAGUGUAAAAGUAUGCCUUGUCAAAAUGAUGGUACAUGCAUUGAACAAGUCAAUGGUUAUAUAUGUAACUGUGAUCGUGGUUGGACUGGUACACAUUGUCAGGAGGAUAUAGAUGAAUGUUUAAUCAUGUUAUCAAACUGUCAACAUACAUGUCAUAAUGUAUUGAGAACUACUGAUGACCGAGGAUUUACAUGUAGCUGCAUAGACGGGUACGCACUUAUUGAUGACGGGCACAACUGUAAUGAAAUAAAUGAAUGUGCAUCAAAUCCCUGUGAAAAUGGAGAGUGUAUUGAUGAAAUCAAUCAAUAUUCGUGUAUAUGCUUAAUUGGAUGGACUGGUACGAACUGUGAAACAGAUAUUGAUGAAUGUUAUGAAGAGACGGAUGAAUGUGAUGAUAAUGCCAUCUGCCAAAACACUCAAGGAAAUUAUACGUGUACAUGCAUCGAUGGACAUAGAGGAAAUGGUUUCAACUGCUAUGAGAUAAUACUGUUCCCGUUUGGUAUUGAGGUUGAAGAUAACAAGUUACGACUAACGUACCAUAAGGCAGUAACAGACUCUACAGCAGAUGGACGAAUUACUCGUGAUACAGCACAAAACCUGUAUGAUUUGAUAUCGCCGACUAUAAAACCUCCUGUCGGUUUUCCAUUUAUGGGUCAAUUCUACUACAGGAUGGUAACUAAUGAAUCAUCAUUGUUCACAUAUCUUGACGGCGAAUCCUGGGAAUUGUUCAAUUAUCCGGAUUUCAUUCCGUACUUCCUUGAUGAGUUGAUAAAUAGGUUUGAAGAAAAAGAUCAAGACUUUCUAAACAUGACACGCACUGCAUGUGAAAAUAACAUAGAUUGCGUCUAUGACACGUUGGCAACCAGGGCAAUGGAGAUUGGACUGUACACUAAAACCAAAUCAACUGUUUUUGAAGAAAGUGCAGCACAGCUAGUAAAUUAUCCACCUCGUGUGAAUGGAACUGACGUGUUGCGAGUAGAAGUCAAUAAACCUACAACGAUACAACUCACCGCUGAAGAUCCAAAUGGCGAUUUAGUGAAGUUUAGGUUUCUAGAAGAAAUAGAUGGAGCUGAGAUCGGGGAAGAGACGGGAACUAUUACCUGGAAACCAGUAAAUACAACACAAUUAGUCUUUCAAGUCCAAGCCUCAGAUGGCAAAGCAGUAGCGGCGUACAAACCAGUGGUUCAGAUAUGUGAUUGUAAGAAUAAUGGAACGUGCCUAUUUGACACUAGUGUCGGAGAAAGCGAUGAAGUGAAUUCAAAGUUUAAGGUUGUAGCGUGCAGUUGUUCUGAAGCAUACAGUGGUUCCUUCUGUGAAACUGAUUACGAUGGUUGCUUGGAUGACCCAUGUUUUCCUGGUGUUAAAUGUACUGAUGUUGAGGCUCCAGGUUUCGGUGCUAUAUGUGAGGAAUGUCCUUAUGGACUUUAUGGUGAUGGUAAAAAAUGCUAUGACAUUGACGAAUGUUUUGAAGAAAGGGAUCUGAAUGACACAAGGCAGUUCUGUCAGCAAGAGUGUAUAAAUACAGUUGGAAGUUACAAUUGUGGCUGCUAUUCAGGAUAUGUAUCAUAUAAUCGUACUCACUGUGAAGAUAUCGAUGAAUGUUACCAACAGUUAUUUGAGUGUCCAAACAAUGCUCACUGUGUCAAUACUAUGGGAUCAUAUAUAUGCACAUGUGAUGAUGGAUACAAGCAAUAUGUCAGAAAUAAUACAUGCAUAAAUGUAAAUGAAUGCAUUGAAAUAUCAUCUCCUUGUCCGGAAUAUAGUACAUGUGAAGAUACUGAAGGUGGACAUAAAUGUAUGUGCCUUACAGGAUUCGAGAAAAAUUCCACGGGUUAUUGUGAAGACAUAAAUGAGUGUACUCUAUCAUUAUCUGAUGAUGAUCGUCAUAAUUGUAAUAUUCAAGCCAGUUGUCACAAUAUACCUGGUAGCUUCCAGUGUACAUGUACUGAAGGAUGGCAUGGAGAUGGUGAAACAUGUCAAGAUAUCAAUGAGUGUGAUGAUGUGUACUUGACUGAUUGUGACCCACAGAAAGCAAAGUGUUCAAACACACUUGGUAGUUAUACAUGCACAUGUAUUGAUGGGUAUGAGGGAAAUGGAACCAUUGGAAGUUGCACCGAUAUCGAUGAAUGUUUACUAUCAACUGAUGAUUGCCCACGUGAUAUCUCGAAUUGUGACGAUACAGAAGGUUCAUACAAAUGCAUAUGUAAAAACGGAUACGAAGAUGUGAUUGGGGAAUCUAGAAAUUGUACAGAUGAAAAUGAAUGUCUUCUUUCUAGUCAAAAUGAUUGCAAUCCGUCAAAUAACAUAUGUGAAAACGCAGAUGGUAGUUAUGUCUGUCUAUGUAAACUUGGGUACACUGGAGAUGGAAAUAAUUGCACUGAUAUUAAUGAAUGCACAGUAGACAAUGGAGGAUGUGAACACACAUGUGUAAAUACAGAGGGGAACUAUUAUUGUACAUGUAAUGAUGGAUAUGAAAUAGAUGUCGGUGGUUUCAACUGCAAAGAUAUCGAUGAGUGUAUUCUUGAAACACACACCUGUCCACAGAACUGCACCAAUACAGAAACCACCAAUGACAAUACUGUUGGAUAUGUAUGUUCAUGUGUCGAUGGAUUCAUGGAUCAGGGAACAACAGGUCGCGAUUGUAUUCCUGAGGAGAGUUGUGCAAAUAACAGCUGUGUAAAUGGAAUAUGUUAUGUGCUUGACGGAGUUCAACAAUGUCAAUGUGAGCAAGGAUAUGAGUUGGAUGCAGCAGACCAGAAUACAUGUUUACAAAUUGAUGAAUGUGAUCGUGGUACAGAUAUGUGUUAUCAUAACUGCCACGACGAGACACCUGGAUAUCGUUGUUCGUGUCGUGAAGGAUAUACAUUAGAUGUUGACGACAGAUCAUGCUCAGAUAUUGACGAGUGUAUUGGUAGAAUGCACAACUGUACAGCACUAGAAGAGUGUAUUAAUACUGAUGGAGGUUUCAAAUGUGUUUGUAUUCCUGGCUAUGGUUCUGACAGUGGAAUAUGUGAAGAUGUUGAUGAAUGUCAGAGUAACACUUCCAUGUGUCACGUGAAUGCCACGUGUACAAAUACCAUUGGUCAGUAUGAAUGUGAUUGUAACGAUGGAUUUAGUGGUAAUGGUGUGAUAUGUGCAGACAUUAACGAAUGCAUUGAUGACCCAUGUCCAGCUCAUUCAGAAUGUAGCAACACUGUUGGCAACUAUACGUGUACUUGUGAUACCGGUUUUGAAUUAGACGGUAAUGACUGCAAUGAUAUAAAUGAAUGUAAUGAUGUAAGCUGUGACGCAAUGGCUGAUUGUGUGAAUACUAUCGGUUCUUAUUACUGUGAGUGUAUUGCUGGUUAUGAAGAAGAUGAACACAACACCUGUAAUGACGUCAAUGAGUGCUUGUUAGGAAGAGACAGCUGCGAUGUCAACAGUGAAUGUCAGAACACACCAGGAUCGUAUAUAUGUGAUUGCAAUGAUGGUUAUUCAAUUGCUGACCCCUUAUCCUGUCAAGAUAUUAAUGAGUGUUUAAAUAAACCAUGUGGUGACAAUGAACGAUGUGUCAACAACCCUGGGAGCUACCAAUGUCAGUGUAAACCAGGAUACUACAAGGAGGAUGACAAAUGCAAAAAAUCCAAAGCGUUUAAUGUGUCCAUGAUACUUACGUCAGUCGGAGGCAUCAAUCUUGUAGAUUUCAAUAAUGACCUGACUUCAACAAGGUCGGAACUGUAUACUAUUAUAACGACCACAAUAGAAGAUGAUAUGGCAACACUGUUUUCAAAUUCAGAAAUAUCCUCUGAUUAUUUGAGCACAAUAGUAGCUGUAUAUGAAGAUACAGAUGGUGGAACAUUAGUGCGAUGUCUUGUUAACACAAAAAGCGCAUCUUCAAUAACUUCUGAUGAUCUGCUAUCGGCUUUCACUGUUGGUCUAGCACAGGAUGGAACACUGGUUGGGAUUUCAACUUAUAUACGUCAAAACUCGUUUAAAAGUGAUGAUAUCGUCAUCAACCACUGUUUGGACGCCACUGAUACCUGCACAGAAGGUGAAGUCUGUGUUUUCACUGGAAAUAAUGUUUAUGACUGUGAAUGUGCACCUGGUUAUAGUAUGGCUGCUUCAUCGGGGAAAUGUAUAGACAUUGACGAAUGUAUAGAUGAACCAUGUGAUUCAGAGUAUCAAUGUAUAAACACUGCAGGCAGUUAUAAAUGCACAUGUCUUCCUGGAACAUUCAAUACAAGUGGAAAAUGUGAAAACUCCAAAACAUUCAAAGCUGACGUUAAAAUCGUUGAAGAUUACAAAGACGAGUAUGAUGACUUAUCAUCAUCAGGUUAUAAGGAAGUAACAAGACGAUUCACUGAGGCGAUGAGAAUUGCUCACACUGACACUACUAAGACAAGAUCUGACUACCAAGGCUGUCAUGUACAAAAGCUAAGCCGUGGCAGUGUUAAUAUAGAAUAUAUAUUAUAUUUUAAAAAAGAUACAGAUAUAAGUGUGUCAGAUUUGGAAGACGUUCUUGCCAAUUAUAAUGAGGUGAUUGAUGUCACAUCUAGUACCAAGGUGGUGUUUAAAGAUAGCACUCUUCUCAUCCAAGAAUAUACUCCAAAAGCAUGUGACAGUGAUGUCACACAUGACUGUAGUGUCGAUGCCGAUUGCAUAGAUGUAGUAGACAGAUUCCAUUGUGAUUGUAAUAGUGGAUAUGAAGACGAAUCUCCUGAAAGGCCAGGAAGAAUUUGUACAGAGAUUUGUCCUACAACGUACUGCGUCAAUGGAGGAACUUGUGUUGGAGACAGCAUCGCAGAACGUAAAUGCGAGUGUCCAACAGGUUACGUAGGACAUAUAUGUGAAAAGUCGACAAUGUUACCGAGCAAUGAUUUGGACCGGGUCUUAGUAAUUUCAAUUGGUACAACGGCUACUAUAAUCACUAUUGCCUUGGUGAUUUCGGUCAUAUUUUGCUGUCUAGUACGCAAGAAGCAAGAUGCAAAAUCAGGUUCGGUUUCUGAUUUUUUUAAUCGUGUGAAGGAACAAGGACAACGCAACAUGUGGCGAUACGGUGAUGACGACACUCUUAGUGAUAUUUCAUGGGAUUCCCAACCGGAAGAACAACUGAAACACCUUGCAAAGGUCAUGGAACAUGCACCAAGGUUUGAAAAGCCUACACGACCCAAUUUGGGACCAACAGAAUAUGACAACAAAGGGUUUGUUUUACCGUAUGUUGCGAAAGGAACAGAGGCACAAGAUUCAGACCGUGCCAAGGCUCUAAGGGAUAGAUCACAAUCCGUGUAUGAUGCCGCAUAUAGUGAUGAUCAUGGUAGACAAUUCUCUUAUCUGACUGGUCACCAAACCAGGCACAGCCAUGAUGACAUUGACUUACAAAUACCUCAGACUCACAAUGCUGACUUCAGAAGACAAUCGAGAUAUGAUUAUUAAAUGAAUAUUCUAUUAGCUGGACCACAGUUGCUACAUGGACUUAUAUGAUUUUUUGAAUUUUAUUUUUGUUUUUUGUUUUGAGAUAUUGAAAAUGAGAAUUGAACUUCAUUAUUAAUCCAUAACAAUGUAAUCAGGAAGUAACACGUCAUAUAAGUAUAUUACUAAGCAUUACAAUUGAGUAUUGAUUGUAAAAGCCACAACCCUGAAUCUGACGUUUUAACUUAUAUAUUCAAGUAGCAAAAUAAAUAAUAAUUGACAGAUGUUGCCACGUCUAGACAAAAGUAUAAACGACAAAUAACAUGACUACGUGAGUACAGCAACAUCAUUGACAAACACUUUUGUUGCAAUGCCUUUACAUUGUAUAUGUUACCAAAGAUGCACUUCAGGCGAUUUUGAUUUUUGUUUUGUUUUCACUAAUUCGUUUUGCAUUCCCGAGAAUACGGUAAAUUUUGACAUACCAAGUGGCAGCAUUACCGAGAGAAAUUAUUUCUGACUUAUAAACUGUUGUUAUUUGCAGAAUGGUGAUGGCGACAGUCAUAACAUUUUUCUAUUCACUUGUUAUAUGUAAAUUUUAAAAUACAUGGUACAUAGUCUAUAUCAAAAUCAGAUAAUUUACAACGAGAAUGAGUAUGCACCUAAUGUCUUUCAACAACUUAUUUUAUAUUAUCCAAGACUGUAAUUAUUCAGAGAUUUAUUUUUAUAUUUUAUUCAAGAAAUAAACGAUUUAUAUACAUA